GUUCUUGGAAAAAAAUCAUAUCAAAUCCAAAGAAAACAAAACUUUGCUAUAAUAAUGAGGAUGUGGUGGUUCAUAACAACUUUAGUCAUUACUUCUUUCUUUUCUAAUUUCCCUGUUUAUGCUUAUGAUAACAACCCUCUACAGAACAUAUGUGUUGCUGCUGUUAAUUCUACAGUUUUCGUGAAUGGAAAGACUUGCAAAGACCCAAAGUUUGCAACAGCAAAUGAUUUCUUUGCUUCAGGUCUUAAUGUUAGUGGAAUUGCAGCGCCCGGGUCUGGUGCUGCUGCAAAGUUUUUGGAUGUAAGCAUGAUACCUGGACUUAACACUCUUGGUAUUUCUAUUGGUCGUAUUGACUUGGAACCUCAACGUCUUGUUCCAUUUCACACGCACCCUCGAGCAACUGAGCUGAUAACUGUCCUGAAGGGUACUCUAUACGUAGGAUUUCUUGUCCCUGAUCCUGAAAACUUCUUGAAGAGUCGUCUCUUCUCAAAAAUCUUGAAUCCCGGCGAUGUGUUUGUGUUCCCAAUUGGUCUUAUUCACUUCCAGUAUAAUGUGGGACUCAAACAAGCUACUUUUCUCGCUGCUUUCAACAGUCAAAAUCCUGGAUUUGUCUUUAUUCCUAAUUCCAUCUUUGCUUCAAAUCCACCCAUUCAGGACGACGUUCUUGCCCAAGGCUUCCAACUUAGUAAGACACAGAUUACAGAACUUCAAAAGAAAUUCUCCUAGGCUAUAUUAUGUGUCAUUAAGAAUAUGAUUCUUGUGUUUUCUGAAAGCUGUUUGCAGCUCACUAGCUGAGCACCAGCGUCUUAUGAAAGCAUUGGAAUAAUACUUUACUCAAUUAGUCCUAAUAAAUCAAGUGACAAUGUAUGUUACUAUAAUCUUUCUUUGCAAUAAAUACUAAUGAAUAAGCACUAUGUUGGCCAUGCA